CCACGAUGCACAAGCCGACCCUUGUCCCCGACAUCAUUGUUCUGACCAAGGUCAUGCACCGUUGCCGUCGCCUCGUGACAUCCCUCCAAUAUCAUCGCGAUGGAUACUAAAACCUGGAUGACCUCUCAAAUCCCGGGCGUGCCGUAGUCGCUCAGACAUCACCAUGUUCGGGCAUCGUCUCUGUCUGUGUCUCUUGCUCGUCUACGUCCGGAUUGCGUGCGUUGCGAUACAUGUGACGCUUCCGAAGAUAUCUUCGCAUCCGACAAAUGCAUCGCAAAUCCUAGAUCGCCGUCUAGCGUCGUUCUCGAUCGAGUUUUCGUACCUUCCGUCGUUCGGCGGCAACGCGUCAAACCCGAAUCUGCUAACGAAGGAGUUGAUGCAGAGGUUGGUGGAGAGGACAGGUGUUGGUCCCGAUGUCCGCCCGGGAGGGAUAACCAUAGAUAGUUCGAUAUUUAACCCGGACGCGUCUGCACUAGAACUGACUGAGAGCUCGAGCGGCGGGAUAUAUCGUACGACUUAUGGACCUGCGUUCUACGAGUCGCUGGGGGUCUUCCCUGAUACCUCGCGUUUCGUCAUCACCGUUAACCUCGGGAACGACACGAUCGGCAUCGCUCGCGAUGAAAUCGCGGCCGCGAUCAAAUACGUGGGCUGGGAUCGCAUAUACGCCCUAGAAAUUGGCAACGAAGCAGACCACUACGCUGGCGGAAGCAGACCCAGCACCUGGGCUUCUUCGGACUACACGGCACAGUUUCUGGGAUGGACAUCCGUGCUGACGAAAAACCUCUCGUUGCCUCAUAAUAUAUUUCAAGCGGGAGGCUUUGCCGAAGACCCACUCCCGACAGCGCCUAUGACCACUGUUUCCAUUAUCGAGGAGGGUGUACUCGCUACUAACGCCGUUAAGGUCUUCGCGCAACAUACGUAUCAAUACUCCACCUGUGACCCAGUGCGGAACGCGAUCGCGACACUGCCGAACCUGAUCAAUCACGGCAACAUCACGGCAUAUCUGGAUGAGUGGAAGCCGCAGAUCGCGGCUGCGAAGGGCGCCGGAAAGGAGUUCGUCGUGGGGGAGUACAGCUCUGUGUCAUGCUCCGGCAAGCAGAAUGUCACGGACACCUUUGGUCAGGCUCUCUGGCUAGCCGACACGGUGCUGUAUGGCGCGUUCCUGAACAUCUCGCGAAUGUACCUUCAUCAAGGGGCAACCCUCGUGUUACAAAGCAGCAACCAGGCGAACUCCCCGGGCUUCUCAUGGUACGAUCUCUGGUACCCGGUCGAAACCGACCGCUACGGCGCCGCACGCGCAUCGCCGUCUUUCGUCGCGUACCUCCUCAUCACGGAGGCUGUCGGAUCGUCCGGCCAGACCCAGACCAGCCUGUUGGAUGUCCCCCAGCACCCGCAGCUCGCGGCGUACGCGAUCUGGGACAAAGGCUCGCUCGCGCGUCUAGCGAUCCUCAACCUCGCGGAAAGGAACGUCACAACGUCGGCAGAGGACGCGGAGGGCGUCGCGAUCACGCUUGACCUGGGUGACUAUGUCCAGGCGAAGGGAACGGGGAAGGUGAAGAGGAUGGCGGCGCCGGGGUUGGACUCGAAGGAUGUCGGGGCGAUUACGUGGGCUGGGCAGAGCUAUGAGAACGGGACGGCGAGCGGGGUGUUGGAUGUCGAGGAGUUGGAGAAUGGGAAGGUCACUGUGCAGGGCAGCGAAGGUGUGCUGGUGUUCCUUCGUUGAGCCUGAUCGUGCGCAGGAUAGCUAGAUUGGGGAGGGGGGGUACCGCCACCGCAGUGACCGGGUUGUCUUUCGCCACGAUGCUUGCGCUCA